GCCCCCGCCGCCAACAGCUGAUGGGGACGGAGGAAGAGGAAGGGGUGGAGCUGCUUUGCGGCUCGCCGCCGAGCUGUCAGCCAGCAGCCGGGAGAACUGGCGGACCCUCGCGCUGUCCUCACGGCUGCGAGGCCAGCCAGGGCCUAGACUGGCGGGGCCGGGACAGGCGACCUGCCCGGCCGGCAAUGCCCCGCCACGGAGUAACUCCCAGCCGGCACCGCCCCAGGUCCGGCGGGGAGCGGCGAUCGGACAGGUCCUGCGGGGUCCCCGGCCCGGGGACCCUGGGGAUGGCGCUGACGCUGGCCCUCUUCCCCUCCCUGGCUCUCUGGACCCCGGCGGCGGCCCACCCACUCCCCGCCCAAGGCUAUUUCGCCAGUUUCAGUGGCCUAGCGCCCCAGGUCCGGGACACCUUUGGAUGGCGGAACCUCACCUGCCCGGUCUGCAAAAGCCUGUUCACCAUCCUCGACUUCGGACUGCAGAAAGAGAAUAAUGUGAUCCGGGUGGGCUCCCUGGCCACCAAGCUGUGCCAGCUGCUGAAGAUCGCACCCCCCGCUGUGUGCCAGUCAGCCAUUCAGCUCUUCGAGGAUGACAUGGUGGAGGUGUGGAGACGCUCAGUACUGAGCCCAUCUGAGGCCUGUGGCCUGCUCCUGGGCUCCACCUGUGGGCACUGGGACAUUUUCUCAUCUUGGAACAUCUCUUUGCCAGCCGUGCCGAAGCCGGCUCCCCAGCCUCCCAAACCGCCGGCCCCAGGUGCCCCUGUCAGCCGAGUCCUCUUCCUCACGGACCUGCACUGGGAUCGGGACUACCUGGAGGGCACAGACCCUGACUGUGCAGACCCGCUGUGUUGCCGCCGGGGUUCUGGCCCGCCACCCCCCUCCCGCCCAGGUGCUGGAUACUGGGGCGAGUACAGCAAGUGUGACCUGCCCCUGCGGACUCUGGAGAGCCUGUUGAGCGGGCUGGGCCCCGCCGGCCCUUUUGAUAUGGUGUACUGGACGGGAGACAUCCCCGCCCAUAACGUCUGGCACCAGUCUCGCCAGGACCAGCUGCAGGCCCUGACCACUGUGACAGCCCUUGUGAAGAAGUACUUGGGGCCAGUGCCUGUGUAUCCUGCGGUGGGCAACCACGAGAGCACACCCGUCAAUGGCUUCCCUCCCCCCUUCAUAGAGGGCAACCAAUCCUCCCGCUGGCUCUACGAGGCCAUGGCCAAGGCAUGGGAGCCCUGGCUGCCAGCUGAAGCCCUUCACACCCUCAGAAUUGGGGGGUUCUAUGCCCUUUCCCCAAGCCCCGGCCUCCGCCUCAUCUCUCUCAAUAUGAAUUUUUGUUCCCGUGAGAACUUCUGGCUCUUGAUCAACUCCACAGAUCCCGCUGGACAGCUCCAGUGGCUGGUGGGAGAGCUUCAGGCUGCUGAGGAUCGAGGAGACAAGGUGCAUAUAAUUGGCCACAUCCCCCCAGGGCACUGCCUGAAAAGCUGGAGCUGGAAUUACUACCGAAUUGUAGCCAGGUACGAGAACACCUUGGCUGGUCAGUUCUUUGGCCACACCCACGUGGAUGAGUUUGAAAUCUUCUAUGAUGAAGAGACCCUGAGCCGGCCCCUGUCUGUAGCCUUCCUGGCGCCCAGUGCCACCACCUACAUCAGCCUGAAUCCUGGUUACCGGGUCUACUUAAUAGAUGGCAACUACCCCGGGAGCUCUCAUGUGGUCCUGGAUCAUGAGACCUACAUCCUGAACCUGACUCAAGCUAAUGAGCCGGGGGCCACUCCGCGCUGGCAUCUCCUCUACAGGGCUCUAGAGACCUACGGGCUGCCCAAUGCGCUGCCUGCCGCCUGGAACGACCUGGUAUACCGCAUGCGGGGCGACACGCAGCUGUUCCAGACCUUCUGGUUUCUCUACCACAAGGGCCACCCGCCCUCCGAGCCCUGUGGCACGCCCUGCCGCCUCGCUACUCUGUGCGCCCAGCUCUCCGCCCGCUCCGACAGCCCUGCUCUGUGCCGCCACCUGGUGCCAGACGCAAGCAUCGCCGACGUCCAGAGCCAUCAGCGACGGCCGCUCUGCUAGCACCCACUCUAGCACCAUCUGCUAGAGUUGGGGAAAGUGCGUGUCUGAGGAGGGCAGCGGAGACCCCAGAAGGCCGCUGUGGUGAGAAACGUCAGUGAAGAGCCUUUGCUGGGCCCCAAGUACCCGGGAAACAGCCCCUUCUCCUUGCCUGGAGCUGGGGUGGCAAGACAUGGACAGGAAUUGGUGGCUCUGCCCGUUUGCAGCAUCGGGGCUGCUGUCCUUUCACAGACUAGGUGCAGAGGUCUCAGUUGGCAGUGCCCUGGGCAGACCAGACAGGGGCUGUCGCCCCAGGCCCGUGCUGGCCGGCCAGGAGCACUACUGCUGCUGCUGCCUGGCUGCCAGGCGGUUAAUAAAGAGACUUGGACUCCA